UUAACCAGACACCUCCUCACAGUGAGUAUCAGGGAUUAUUUGGCAGUUUUUCUCCAACCAGGAAGCCACUCUGACAUUUGAGGCAUAUGUGCGCGUCCCCGCGUCUCCUCGUGUCCUGAGCCUACUAUCAGUGCGCGCCCCCGCCGUGUGGAAGCAGUUGUCGCUCGGAUCGAGUGUGCAGGUCCACGGACACGGAGCCAUGGACGCACACUGAUCCCACGGAGCUCACUUCUACAGCAGCAGCAGGAUUUAUCGAAGGUUUUUGAAUUUUUAUUUUUCCUGUCUUGUUUUUCCUCUCAUGUGUGGCCACAUUGUGUGUUGUUUUUCCAAAAACACACACACACCGAGCAUGCUUUUAUCGUUGCCUUUGUUUGAUGUGAGACUUGACUGAAAAAGAUUCUCCGGAUCCGAAGCUGCAGAGGCUGAUUCCAGGCUGGAGAACAACUUUUUCUCCGGGGCAGGGAUGUCUUCGGCUCGGGUGGAUUACAUCGCGCCCUGGUGGACUUACUGGCUGCACAAUUUCCCUCACAUCAACCUGAGGUUCCAGCCUGCUGACAACAGCUUCCAGCCUGGAGAUGAGAACUACCAGCAGUCGCUCAUAUUCCUGGGCUGCGUGGCGGCUGCAGGACUCGGCCUCAACCUCCUGUGUCUCGCCGUCUACCUGAGCUGCCUCUGCUGCUGCCGCAAAGACGAGGAAGAAGAAAGCAAGAAGCCCAACUCCUGCUGCGUCACCUGGUCAGCCGUCGCCGCCGGCCUCAUCACAUGCGUCGCAGUGGGUGUCGGUUUCUAUGGCAACAGUGAGACCAAUGACGGCGUCUACCAGUUGACCUACUCCCUGUACAACGCCAAUCACACGCUGGGCGGCGUGGACAGCCUGGUGACGGGCACCAUGGGUAACAUGAAGAGCAGCCUGCACCAGCACCUCGCCAGGCUGGACGAGAUCUUCGCCACGCGGGGCGACUACGUGCAGACCCUGCAGUUCAUGCAGCAGAUGGCCGACAACGUGAUCAAACAGCUGCUAGGUCUGCCCGACUGGGAGGAGGCCAAAGUGGACCUGGCAUCCAUCGCUGAUCAGACGGCCAACAUCGAGUACUACAGGUGGUUCAGCUACCUGCUGCUGCUCAUCCUGGACCUGAUCAUCUGCCUGCUGGCCUGUCUGGGGCUGGCCAAGCAGUCCCGCUGGCUGCUCACCACGAUGAUGGUGUUCGGAGUGCUGACGCUGGUGCUGAGCUGGACGUCGCUGGGAGCCGACCUGGCCACCGCUGUGGGAACCAGUGAUUUCUGCGUGUCUCCUGAUAAAUACGUCAUGAGUCAAACGAAGGGCAUCAUCAGCGCUGAUAUCGUCCAUUACUACAUUUACUGCAACCAGACUCUGUCCAACCCCUUCCAGCAGCCUCUGACCAUCUUCCAGAGGUCCCUGACCACCAUGCAGAUCCAGAUCCAGGGCCUGCUGCAGUUUGCUGUGCCUCUGUUUCCUACAGCUGAGAGAGACCUACUGGGUAUCCAGCAUUUGCUCAACUCCUCGGAGGCCAGCCUGCACCAGCUGACCGCCCUGCUGGACUGCAGGGGGCUCAACAAGGACUACCUGGACGCCAUGGUGGGGGUGUGCUACGACGGGGUGGAGGGGGUGCUCUACCUCUGCCUCUUCUCCAUCCUGGCAGCCAGUGCCUUCACCGUCAUGCUGUGUGCCAUUCCCAGGGCUUGGAGACAGAUAGCCUGCAGGGAGCGAGACUACGACGACAUCGAUGAGGAGGACCCGUUCAACCCGCGGGCCAGGAGGAUAGGCUCCCAGAACCCCAACCACACCAACAUGCACAGUUUCUGCAGCUACAGCAGCAGCAUGGGCAGCCAGAACAGCCUGCACCCCCCUGCCCCGGCCGUCUCCAACGCCCCCAUGUCCGACUACAUGAACCAGACGGCUCUGUUCGGGGGGAAUCCGCGGUACGAGAACGUUCCUCUGAUUGGACGAGGCUCUCCGCCGCCCUCGAUAUACUCUCAGCAGUAUAGAAAUCGAGUAAGUCUUUUCUCCUCUUCCUCAGGAUUUUAACCCCAUCACUUUUCCUCUGUUGCAUCUCCGUCUGUUUCCCCACUUCACUCGGUUCCUGUGCGGUUUCUCCUGUUUGGCAUGGCUUCAUUCAACCCACAACCUGUUGUCCUCAUUACAGGAAGUGUUUUUCACUUGGCCAGGGUUUUUAUUUGCCCCUGGUGUUCACAGGGUGCUACUGUUAGCCCCUCCACAUUAGUAAUAUGUGUCUGCAGACCUGGAGGAUGCACUCUGAGGACCACCGAUAGGACUGGACUUCUAGGACUUCACUUCUGGGACCGCAUUUUUAGAGCCUUUAGUAAAGACAGCGCCCCCUACCGCAGUGAUUCAUCACUAAAGUGACGGUUUUAAAGGAUGAUUUCAUUCAAAUUGUACUUAAUUUAAAAGUAAUAAUAAUAAUUUUAAUGUAAAACCGUACCGUCUAAAGGUUGAUUUGACUUUAUCUCCCUCCCCUCCAGUGUUCAGGGGUCAGCUUUAGCGGAGGGGCAGUACAAAGCAAACUGAUGAUGGGACAAGAUAAGACAGUCUUUCUACAGUGAAUAAUCAUGAUGCCUUCUGAGCUUUAUCAAACCCAGAGAUAUUUUGGGGGAAAAUGCAUCUCAUCCCUUAUGAAGUAUAUUUUUAUAAUAUUUAAUAGUUUAUAUAAGUUGUGUAUGUUUUGUUCUCCAGUGUGGUUUAUUGUGAGAUCUUUUGUACGUGGUGAAGGUUGUCUGGUGCCUCAGGGAUGUGAUCCUAGUGUUUCUGUGUGUGGUUGGUGUAUUUACUUCCUAACAAAGGGAUCGGCCCAUUGAGACGUCUACGUAUGUCAGCAUUUAAAGAAACGAAUUAGAAAUAUCAUAUGAAGAGCCUCAAAGAGGUUUUUAGUGAUCUAACUUUAUCAAGGUGCUUUUUUAGCAAACAAGUCAAGGUUUAUAAGGUUUAUUCCACCCAGAAUACUACUCUUUACAAUUAUAACUUGGUUGCCAAGCCUUGCAUUUGGACAGAUGGUAUAAUUAGCAUACUUGUGUCAUUAUCUGGUAAAAUAAUAAUGGAAUCAUCUGCUGGGGCCUCGAGAUCUCCAACAGGAAAGGUUGGAAAGAGGCAAAACACAAGAACAACUCUGACUAAAUUAGCAUAUAAGCUAAACUGUGACUGUUUGCACUGCUGAACUAGUUAAAACUGAGGUUGUUUCUCACAGUUUGGUUUAGCAAUAGCUUUGCACAUGAAGGCAUCAGGAACGUUUAUAACUCACUGUGAAAUGCAGUUACUUCCUCUGACGACACCACGGGUCCUAGAAGUGUGAUUCUAGAUGUGUGAUCCCAGAAGUGUGAUCCUAGAAAUGUGAUUCUAGAUGUGAUUCUAGAUGUGUGAUCCUAGAAGUGUGAUCCUAGAAGUGUGAUUCUAGAUGUGUGAUCCUAGAAGUGUGAUCCUAGAAGUGUGAUUCUAGAUGUGAUUCUAGAUGUGUGAUCCUAGAAGUGUGAUCCUAGAAAUGUGAUUCUAGAUGUGAUUCUAGAUGUGUGAUCCUAGAAGUGUGAUCCUAGAAGUGUGAUCCUAGAAGUGUGAUCCUAGAAGUGUGAUCCUGGAAGUGUGAUUCUAGAUGUGAUUCUAGAAGUGUGAUCCUAGAAGUGUGAUCCUAGAAGUGUGAUCCUAGAAGUGUGAUUCUAGAAGUGUGAUCCUAGAAGUGUGAUCCUAGAAGUGUGAUCCUAGAAGUGUGAUUCUAGAUGUGUGAUCCUAGAAGUGUGAUCCUAGAAAUGUGAUUCUAGAUGUGUGAUCCUAGAAGUGUGAUCCUAGAAGUGUGAUCCUAGAAAUGUGAUCCUAGAAGUGUGAUCCUAGAAGUGUGAUCCUAGAAGUGUGAUCCUGGAAGUGUGAUUCUAGAUGUGUGAUCCUAGAAGUGUGAUUCUAGAAGUGUGAUCCUAGAAGUGUGAUCCUAGAAGUGUGAUCCUAGAAGUGUGAUUCUAGAUGUGAUUCUAGAUAUGUGAUCCUAGAAGUGUGAUCCUAGAAGUGUGAUCCUAGAAGUGUGAUCCUAGAAGUGUGAUCCUAGAAGUGUGAUCCUGGAAGUGUGAUUCUAGAUGUGAUUCUAGAAGUGUGAUCCUAGAAGUGUGAUCCUAGAAGUGUGAUCCUAGAAGUGUGAUCCUGGAAGUGUGAUUCUAGAUGUGUGAUUCUAGAUGUGUGAUUCUAGAUGUGUGAUCCUAGAAGUGUGAUUCUAGAAGUGUGAUCCUAGAAGUGUGAUCCUAGAAGUGUGAUCCUAGAAGUGUGAUCCUAGAAGUGUGAUCCUGGAAGUGUGAUUCUAGAUGUGUGAUCCUAGAAGUGUGAUUCUAGAAGUGUGAUUCUAGAAGUGUGAUCCUAGAAGUGUGAUCCUAGAAAUGUGAUCCUAGAUGUGUGAUUCUAGAUGUGCAGCCUGCCGGCCUGCAGACACGCCCUCCUCCUCCACAUGCAUGCAACCAUUCAGUCCUCUAGAUUUUACUGCCAUGAAGUUCUUAGCAGGAUCUGUAGUGCUAUAGAAUCUAUCAUACCUGGGAAGUGUUGACUUUAGCUAUUUGUGUAUUUGAUGAAUGAGGGGUUGAUUUGUUGUAGCAAAUAGAGGUUAUAUCUCCUUUCUGUGCCCCGAGUUAGCUAUAGUAGUUAGGUAUGAUUUGAAGGAAUACUCCACUGAAAAUCUGUCUUUUUAGCAUCAAAUACUCAACCAUUGUCUGUAAAAAAUCCCACUUGUAGUCAGCUUGGAUCCACAUCAGUUAUAAUUACUGCUGAGGAUUGUUUGGAAUCCUUUGACACUAGUGCUGUUCUAGCUAAAUUUAAUUCAAAUUCCAUGCAAUCUGAGCACAGAAGAUGCAAACAAAACAACAAAUCAUCAGUUAUCAUCAGCUGAUGGAACAUAAUGAGUGCUGGGAUGAAUUGCAGUGGAUUGUGCUGCAUAAGUAGCUUUUUAAUAUGUGCAUCUGUUUUUCCAUUAGAAUCCAUUAUAACUGGUGUGAAUCCAGGCUCUCUGCAGCUGUUAUGCUACUGAGGUGCAAACUGGUAUUCAGAAAUGAGGUUUUCAGUGGACUGCUCCUUUAAAGCUCCUUUUCCCUGCUUUCUUUUGUUAUAAAUGACGUCAUACUUGUGAAAAAUCGCCAUCAGCUCACAGAAUGGGCUCCUAACGUCCUCUGUACGUGUCUUUGUGUGUCUCCAACCCACAGUACUCCCCCAGUAUGAGGGCCACCUAUCUGUCCAUGACUGAGGAACAGAGUAGACACUUUGGAAACGACUUCCAAGCAUAGACUUCUGUAUUUACCAUGGAGGGAAGCAGCACCACAGCCUAAAUGAGAUGGGAGGCUGCCAUGAGCAUCACAGAGGACAGUGUGUAACAUCUGGAUAAACCAGCCUGUGCAGUACCAGGACAAUGGAGCAACAUCUGGACCAUUCUCUCUGUGUUCUCAGCUCAUUAAUGACGUUUCUGUCCUUUGUUGGAGAACUUAAACAUUUUUGACAACGUGCUGUCAAACUUAACCUGCUCUUAACCUGUCGUGUUCCUUCGGUACCUCACGCAAACUUGUCGAAAAACUAAGUGUUUCCCAGUGAAAUGUCACAAAAAAUAAGUUUAAAAUACAAAAAAAAUAUCAAAUGAAUUGAGAUUUUUCUGCCUUCAAAGCUUUGAAAUGAAGGUGCUUCUUACUUUUGUCAACUUAAAUCCAGGUCUUCAGAGAGUAAAAUGUGAAAAACGAGAGCUGUGUAAACAUGAUUUUCUAUGUCUUAUGCUUCAUGCUUGAUAUUUGUGAAGCACAAACCCAGCACACAGUAAUUUAUUUACAUCCUCACACACAAACACGUCUGCAAGUGAAGCUUUACGUCUCUAAAACUCGAGACGAGACGGCCUGGAGACCACGGCUUCUGUAAAUAAGGUGUACAUUAACAGACUCUUGUCUUACUCUCUAUAUUUGAUUUUGUUUAAACGGUGUGCCAUUUUUAUAAAUAUUUUUUCUAGUUUUGUGUGGCAAUGUCACAUAGAAUUACUUUUUUGUGUAUUUUCUGAAGGGCCAUAAAUAAAUAUUCUCUGUUGCAUAUCUAAUGCAGCUAACACAGUGAAGUUGACAUUUCUAUCAGGACUUGGGAAGCUGUGCUGCUCUAACUAUGAUUCAUGAGAAUAUUCAGGUAAUUAUUUUCAUCAAAUCCAACCAUCCAAACAGUACACACUUUGUAUUGACUAACAAUGAUUUUCCGUAGGGAUUUAAUACAUGCAGUGUCAUUUAUUAAGACUAUUUGUGUUGUUUCUUUCAGCAUGUUACACUGUACAGGCACUGAGAGUGGUGCUUAAUUUUGUGUGUGACUCCAAACUUCAGGGUCUAAUUGUGAGUUGAAUAAACCAGCUUUGAGUACAA